GGUUCAACCUCUAACCUUUAGAGAGGGAGACUUUUCUACUGAACAAAGAAACCAACAGGAGAGAUCAGAGUCAGAGAUUCUCAGUGGUCAGUCUUCCCAGAGUCAUCAAACAGACCUGGACUCCAUAUUCAGUAUGCUUGAAGAGAAAAUUAUGACAUUUGUGAAGAAUGAGCUGAAGAUGUUCAAGAGGAUUCUUAGUCCAGAACUCCCAGAAGACUUUGAGAGUCAGAAGCAGAAUAAGGAAGUGGUGGAUGCUGAAGAUGAGAAGCAGGAGAGCAGUGCCAGAGAGGGGGCUCUGAAGAUCACACUGCACAUCCUGAGGAAAAUGAACCAGAAGGAGCUUGCUGACACACUGGAGAAAAAUUCAGAUGAGCUUGCUGUGGUUUGCCAACGUGAAAUCAAAUCUAAUCUAAAGAAGAAGUUUCAAUGUGUAUUUGAGGGGAUCGCUAAACAAGGAAACCCAAUACUUCUCAAUAAGAUCUACACAGAGCUCUACAUCACAGAGGGUGGAACAGGAGAGGUCAAUAAUGAACAUGAGCUGAGACAGAUUGAGACAACAACCAGGAAACAAGUAAGACCAGAGACUGCAAUCAAAUGUAACGACAUCUUCAAACCCUUAACUGGACAAGACAAACGUAUCAGAACUGUGCUGACAAAGGGAGUCGCUGGCAUUGGAAAAACAGUCUCUGUGCAGAAGUUCAUUCUGGACUGGGCUGAAGGAAAAGCAAAUCAGGAUGUCCAAUUUGUAUUUUCAUUCCCUUUUCGGGAGCUGAAUUUGAUGAAAGAGGACAAACACACUUUCAUUGAACUUCUUAAUCACUUCUCAAUGGAAACCAAACAAUCAGGAAUCUCCAACUAUGACAAGUACAAAGUUCUGUUCAUCUUUGAUGGUCUGGAUGAGUGCCGACUGCCCCUAGACUUCCAGAAGAACAAGAUCUGUUGGGACGUCACAGAGUCAACCUCAGUGGAUGUUCUGCUGACAAAUCUCAUCAAGGGAAAUCUGCUUCCCUCUGCUCUCCUCUGGAUAACUACCCGACCUGCAGCAGCCAAUAAGAUCCCUUCAUGGUGUGUUGAACAGUUGACAGAGGUACGAGGGUUCAAUGACCCACAGAAGGAGGAGUACUUCAGGAAGAGAUUCAGUGAUGAGGACCUGGCCAGCAGAAUCAUCUCACACAUAAAGACAUCAAGGAGCCUCCACAUCAUGUGCCACAUUCCAGUCUUCUGUUGGAUUUCUGCAACAGUCCUUGAACACAUGCUGAAACAUAGGAGAGAAGAGAUGCCCAAGACUCUGACUGAGAUGUACACACACCUUGUGGAGUUUCAUACCAAACAAAAGAACGAAAAGUAUCUUGGGAAAGAAGAGACAGAUCCACACUGGAAUAAAGAGAGCAUUCUGUCACUGGGGAAACUGGCUUUUCAACAGCUUGUGAAUGGCAAUCUGAUUUUCUAUGAAGAAGACGUGAAAGAGGCUGGAAUUGAUGUUAAUGAAGCCUCAGUGUACUCAGGAUUGUGCACACAGCUCUUCAAAGAGGAAUGUGGGCUGUACCAGGACAAGGUGUACUGCUUUGUUCAUCUGAGCAUUCAGGAGUUUCUGGCUGCCUUAUAUGUGUUCCUCUCAUUCAUCAACAACAAUGAGAAUCUAAUGGACAAACUGCAAACAAGUGACAAGUCUGAAGUUACUGUCUACAAGAGUGCUGUGGAUAAAGCCUUACAAAGUGAGACAGGAAACCUGGACCUUUUCCUCCGCUUCCUUCUGGGCCUCUCACUGGAGUCCAAUCAGAAGCACUUACGAGUUCUACUGACAAAGACAGGAAGCAGCUCACAGAGCCAUGAAGAAACAGUCAAGUACAUCAAGGAGAAGAUCAGGGAGAAUCCCUCUCCAGAGAGGAGCAUCAAUCUGUUCCACUGUCUGAAUGAACUGAAUGACCAUUCUCUAGUGGAGGAGAUCCAAAGAUACCUGAGAUCAGGAAGUCUCUCAAAACCCAACCUGUCACCUGCACAGUGGUCAGCUCUGGUCUUUGUGUUGCUGACUUCAGAAAAGGAGCUGGAUGUGUUUGACCUGAAGAAAUACUCCAGAUCAGAGGAAGGUCUUCUGAGGCUGCUGCCAGUGGUCAAAGCCUCCAGAGCUGUUCUGCUGUCAGGCUGUGGAGUCACAGAGGAAGGCUGUGCUUCUCUGGUCUCAGCUCUGAAGUUAAACCCCUCACACCUGGGAGAGCUGGACCUUAGUAACAAUGACCUGAAGGAUUCAGGAGUGAAGCUGCUCUCUGCUGGACUGGGGAAUCCCCACUGUAAACUGGAGACUCUGAGGUUAUCAGGCUGUCUAGUCACAGAGGAAGGCUGUGCUUCUCUGGUCUCAGCUCUGAGGUCAAACCCCUCACACCUGAGAGAGCUGGACCUGAGCUACAAUCACCCAGGAGACUCAGGAGUCAGACUGCUCUCUGCUGGACUGGAGGAUCCACACUGCAGACUGGAGAAACUCAAUGUGGAACAUGGUGGAGAGAACAGAAUGAAACCUGGACUUAGAAAAUAUGUCUGUGAUCUCACACUGGACCCAAACACAGUAGACAGACACCUUUCUCUGUCUGAGGAGAACAGAAAGGUGACAUGGAGGAGAGAGGAGCAGCCGUAUCCUGAUCACCCAGAGAGAUUUGAGGGCUGGAGACAGGUGCUGUGUAGAAAGGAUCUGACUGGGCGCUGUUACUGGGAGGUAGAGUGGAGUGGGGAAAGGGCUGGUAUAGGAGUGACAUAUAAAGGAAUCAGCAGGAGAGGAAGAGGAGGGGUUAAGGAGUGCUGGCUUGGACACAAUGACAAGUCCUGGAGUCUGUCCUGCUCUGACAACAGUUACAUUGCCUGGCACAAUAGUAAUCCCACUACCAUAGACGUCCCCCCCUCCAGCUCCCACAGAGUAGGAGUGUAUCUGGACUGGCCAGCCGGCACUCUGUCCUUCUAUAGAGCCUCCUCUGACACACUGACCCACCUGUUUACAUUCACCUCCACAUUCACUGAGCCCCUCUAUCCAGGGUUUUGGGUUGAUUACAACUCCUCACUGUCCUUGUAAAUAAUAACCUGACACACACACACAUUGAAACACACAAACACUGGACACACACACACAAUAGAAUUACACACACUGGACACACACACACACACUGGACACACACACUGAACACACACAUUGGACACACACACGCAAACACACACACACACACACACACACACACACACUGGACGCACAAGGUGGACACACACACACACAAAAACACACACUGGACAAACACACACACACACACUGGACAAACACACACACACACAGUGGACAUACAUGCACACACUGAACACACAAACACACACUGGACACACACAUUAGACACACACAAACAAACACAUACACAAACUGGACACACAUUGGACACACACAAACAAAGAGAUAUUGGACACACACACACACACACAUUGGACGCACACUCACACACACACACACACACACAAACACACAGCGGACACACACACACAGUGGACACACACACACACACACACACACACACACACACACACACACACACACACACACACACACACACAUACUGGACUCAAAGACACUAACACACACUCACACAAACACACUGGACAGACGCACACACACUGGACACACACUCACACACACACACCAAGUGGUUCCACAAACACAGAUAUCACUUCAAAACCUGAAAAACUCCAAUGGAGAAAUAGCCAUUCAGGGCACCAGUCUAGUGAGGUACAAGUGGUUGCUAGACAGUUUCUGGACCACAGGUUCUAGAACAGCUUCUAUCCCAGUUCUAUCUGCCUGUUAAAUCAGUUUCUGGACAACAGGUUCUAGAACAGCUUCUAUCCCAGUUCUAUCUGCCUAUUAAAUCAGUUUCUGGACCACAGGUUCUAGAACAGCUUCUGGACCACAGGUUCAAGAACAGCUUCUAUCCGAGUUCUAUCUGUCUGUUAAAUCAGUUUCUGGACCACAGGUUCUAGAACAGCUUCUAUCCCAGUUCUAUCUGCCUGUUUAAUCAGUUUCUGGACCACAGGUUCUAGAACAGCUUCUAUCCCAGUUCUAUCUGCCUGCUAAAUCAGUUUCUGGACCACAGGUUCAAGAACAGCUUCUAUCCCAGUUCUAUCGGCCUGUUAAAUCAUCAAACUAAACUGUUUCCAUCAGACUAUUAGAACAUGACUAAACCUUUUAGUUCCUUUUCUGAUCUUUUACCACUUUGCAUUUUUCAUUAUAUAUUUUACUGUUUGUGUUUGUACCACAGGAGGUUGGUGGGACCUUAAUUGGGGAGGACAGGCUUGUAAUGGCUGGAGGGGAAUAAGUGGAAUGGUAUCAAACACGUGGUUUCCAUGUGUUCCAUUACAUUCACUCUGUUCCAGACAUUAUUAUGAGCCGUCCUCCCCUCUCCAGCCUCCUCUGGUAUGUACUGUCCUAUAUGUGAGAGAGAUCCAACAAGGAAUUACAAUGUAUGUAUUGCUUUUUAAACCUGCAAAUGGCAAAUAAACUACUAGAACUCCUUAUGAAUGUCUUCAGCCGACUAGACUGUUGGCGUCUGACAAGAGGUGAAAAUAUUACAGGAAUAUUCUGCAAAUGUUGAUGAAGACGUCACUCAAUCCCCCCAAAACAUCAUGCAGUCUUUCCACAAGACUCCCAUGAAGUUAUAGUGUGACGUUAUGAGUUGACGUUAAAGUAACAUUCUCAGAACAUACUGCACUUGUUUUAUAAUGUUUUAGAUGGAUCCUCUGUUUAUCAUCUUGUUUUAUACUGUUUUAGAUGGAUCCUCUGUUUAAACAUUUAAACUCUUACAAUAACACACUUAAAAUACCAAUGUGAUCAUUUGUUGUCUUUUAUGUUGAAUAACAAAUUGUACAAUUAUAUAUGGCUUACGCGGUAUCGAUUCUUCAUUGCUUCUGCCAGUCGCAGGUUGAUGUUUGUCAUGAAUCUUGACCUGGAAGUUGAACUGCGAGAUUUUCUCUAGAUAAGCCAGCUGCAAAGUCAAAAUUGGCUGUGGAAAAUAAUGUUUUUUUUUAUGGUCUUAAUUUAAGGGAAGGAUUAGCAGUGUGGUUAGGAUUGAGGUUAGAAUUAAAAUCUGAUUUUAUUACUUUGUGCCUGUGCCAACUAGUGACCUCUUUGCUGAACUACCUCCAGGGCAAGAUUCAUGACAAUAAAUGCUAACCUGCCUCCCAGUCAUCCCCUCCUUAUCUUUACAAGGCUGAGGAACAUGCAAGCUAGUGAUGUGGGGGUUCUCUCAUAACCCUCAGUCCCCAGGUGGGUAGAUGGCAGGUUGAAUAAAGAGAAGCUAGUGAUGUGGGGGUUCUCUCAUAACCCUCAGUCCCCAGGUGGGUAGAUGGCAGGUUGUAUAAAGAGAAGCUAGUGAUGUGGGGGUUCUCUCAUAACCCCCAGUCCCCAGGUGGGUAGAUUGCAGGUUGUAUAAAGAGAAGCUGGUGAUGUGGGGUUAUCUCAUAACCCUUAGUCCCCAGGUGGGUAGAUGGCAGGUUGAAUAAAGAGAAGCUAGUGAUGUGGGGGUUCUCUCAUAACCCCCAGUCCCCAGGUGGGUAGAUGGCAGGUUGAAUAAAGAGAAGCUAGUGAUGUGGGGGUUCUCUCAUAACCCCCAGUCCCCAGGUGGGUAGAUGGCAGGUUGAAUAAAGAGAAGCUAGUGAUGUGGGGGUUCUCUCAUAACCCCCAGUCCCCAGGUGGGUAGAUGGCAGUUUGAAUAAAGAGAAGCUAGUGAUGUGGGGGUUCUCUCAUAACCCCCAGUCCCCAGGUGGGUAGAUUGCAGGUUGUAUAAAGAGAAGCUGGUGAUGUGGGGUUAUCUCAUAACCCUUAGUCCCCAGGUGGGUAGAUGGCAGGUUGAAUAAAGAGAAGCUAGUGAUGUGGGGGUUCUCUCAUAACCCCCAGUCCCCAGGUGGGUAGAUGGCAGGUUGAAUAAAGAGAAGCUAGUGAUGUGGGGGUUCUCUCAUAACCCUCAGUCCCCAGGUGGGUAGAUUGCAGGUUGUAUAAAGAGAAGCUGGUGAUGUGGGGUUAUCUCAUAACCCUUAGUCCCCAGGUGGGUAGAUGGCAGGUUGAAUAAAGAGAAGCUAGUGAUGUGGGGGUUCUCUCAUAACCCUCAGUCCCCAGGUGGGUAGAUGGUAGGAUGUUAAGGGAAUUUUUUGAUCAAUAAUGACUAAUUCUGUAUAAAUUUCAAUCAGGACUGACUAAUCAGAAUACUAUUAUGUUACUGUAUAUAUAUGCAUUUUCAUUUUAAUCCUAGUACUGAAUAUAAUGUGUGUAAAUAUAAUCAAGAAUUAGAACAAUGACUGUCUGUUCCUUGGUAGAAAUGAAUGAACUUAUAGCCAGACUGGCUAGAAGGCUUAUCUACACAGGCAGACCUUGGCUCGGUCAUAUAUUAUCUUAAUAGGGAGAGACAUGUGAGAACCAUACAGCCUUAGUACUAGAACGGAGAUGACAUGGGCUAGUACUAAAACUAAUGACGUCAUUUUCAGUUUAUAACCUGUGGUAAAAUGUGUGAGGAGCAGUACUCUCGUGAAUAAAAGCUGCUGUUUGACUUUAA